CGCAGACUCAACACGCAUCCUCACACCACUGACCUGGGCUUAGCUGUGUCCUGCAUGUGUGUGCAUGUGUGUGCGAGUGUGAGAGGGAGUGUGUGUGACCCCCCAGAAACCAGCAGCAGGAUGGAGGAGCUCAAGGAGACCCUGGGAACUUUGGAUUGACGCCCGGGGGUAUAACGCGCGGUCGGCCUGAACAUCAUCGGGUUUUCUCGUGGAUUUAUAUAUUUGGAUGUUGUCUGUUUCCCCCUUUUCCCUUUUUCUAGGCAGUGGGAAUUUACUCUUGGCUUACAACUAUUAUUUGUGGCGUGAAAAAUGCCAUUCGCCAAAAGGAUUGUGGAGCCGCAGCUUCUGUGCAGGCACCAGAUCCCCAACGAUGAAGGUCUGCUUUUUGAGGACCUGUGUGCCAUCAGUAACGUGGUUCUGUCCCGGACCUUGCGACAGCUGUCCGACCUGGCCCGGCACGCCUGCUCCUUAUUUCAGGAGCUGGAAAACGACAUCAUUAACACCAACCAGCGGGUCUGGGUCCUCCAGAACAAAAUAGGCCAGAUACAGCAGACUGCCAGUGCCCUAGACCCCAAAAAAGAAGCAGUGCCGGUGUCAAACCUGGACAUAGAGAGCAAGUUGUCGGUCCACUAUCAGGCUCCAUGGCACCAGCAACACAACGUAUUUCAUCCCUGUACCCGGCCACCAUGUUUGGAGGAGCUGCACAGAAAUGCUCAGCUCAGUCUCAGAGCCUUGCACCGAGACGAACAACAGCAUCAGAGGUCGACAAGUCGGGAGAGGAACAGGGUGACCAUCUCCAUCUCGGUGGCACCCCCCAUGCCGACCUUCCCUUCACCUCACACCAUCCGCAGGCAGCAGAGAAGUCGCCUCGCAAGAGCACAAGAGAGAGCAGAGAGGGAGCAAGAGUUAGACUAUCAACCCAGAAAGGAGAGGACAGUAAAAGAAACGGAGAUCCAGACUAUACAGAGAAAAGAGAGAUCAGGAAGAGAAGCAGAAGUUCAAAGAAAGUUUGCGUGCUUUUACUCACUUCACCCAAUUGAUGGUUGCAACUUCAUUCCAUGGAAUAGAAAGGCUACCUCGACAGGAGACAGUGAUGGAGGUGAGGUUUUGGGAGGCCACAAGGCCAAAGCUUCAGCCACCAAUGCCCCCGCAACACAGGACAAACAGACUAACUGGUCCAAGGAGAAUCAGCCUGCAGGGGAUCAGAAGUCGACUGGCGACCCUAACUCCAUCUCCUCCUGCAUUAUUCCCAUUAAUGUCACAGGAGUCGGUUUUGACAGGGAAGCGAGUGCUCGUUGCUCUCUUGUCCAUUCCCAAUCAGUUCUUCAGAGGAGGAGGAAGCUGAGGAGGAGGAAGACUAUCACCGGAAUACCCAAAAGAGUACAACAAGAUAUGGAUUCAGAUGAAUCACCUGUUGCAAGAGAACGCACCGUGAUUGUUCAUGCCAACCCACACCAACUGUCUCUGUGUCAAGAAGAUCUCUCAAUCAGUGGUCGUCUUUCCCACACGCGUGACUCCGGCUGCCAGACAGAUGAUUUCCUUAUAGCAUGUACAGCUGCUCCCUCGAGACGGCGCAUCAGAGCUCAGCGUGGCCAUCAGGGAAUCCCUGCAUCUCUGUCCCAUUCAACAGGCAACAUUUCCUCCCUGGGUGACCAGUCAGAGUCCACGUACACCACUGCUGCAGCUCACGGUGGGCGCCUGAGGUCUCGUAGCCUUCCACGAGAGGGUGGGCGUUUGAUGGACAGCGAUGAAGAUGACGAUGACAAUUAUGAUGAUGAUGACGAAGAUGAGGAGUUAUCACCCUAUGAAGCUGAGGACUUUAUUCCACCUGGUCCUAGUCCAAGGAUGAAGAUGAUGAUGAUGAAGGAUGAAGAGGAGAGCACAGAUGACCAGGCAGCUCCUGAGCCUCUGCAGCUUGGAAGCUUAAAAAGGUUACAACGAUCUGGGGAUAGAGACAGAGGAGGUGGAGGAGGGGGAAGCCCAGAGCAUAGCUGGAUGGAGAGGGGCCGUUCUCGCCUGCCUCGUAAGGCUGACAUGGGCAGCUGUGAGAUCUCAUCAAGUUCAGAUACAUUCAGCAGCCCUAUUCAUUCAGUGUCCACAACAGGAGUCCUGGGCAGCCAUGUAGACCAUAAGGAGGACCACCAGUCAUCAAGCGGGAACUGGAGUGGCUCCAGCUCCACCUGUCCUUCCCAGACUUCUGAAACCAUUCCUCCUCCCUCUUCCCCACCGUUGACAGGCUCAUCUCACUGCGACUCAGAGCUGUCACUCAACACUGUGCCCAAUGCCAUUGAUGAGGGAUUCUCCUUGGACCCCUCGUACCACUCCGACCUCAGACCCCAGGGCCAGGGUCACAGGUCCAGCUCAUUUACGUCCUCAGCCACAGACCAGCUGGAUGAUGCAGGAGUCAGCACAGCCAGUGAAGGGGAGUGGACAUACCCUCCAGACCAAGACCAGACAGAUCCAGACCAAGAUCCUGACCAGACCCAGAACAUGAGCCAGAGCCAUGAUUUAUCCCAGGAGUAUAGCCCCAAACAAGGUCUACAAGAUCAAUCCUGUUUCACUGACAAGACCAGCAACACUGAAAAAGACCCUGUCUCUCAUUAUCCAUCUGACACAGAAGGUUUUUACUUCUCAUCUGUGCAUUCUGGAGAGUGUAAUCAGAGUUACAGAAACUACAUGUAUAACUAUGCAGACCAGGGGCCUGAAUUUGGCCAAAACAACACUGUGGCAGCACCACUACCGCAUGGAGUUUACCCCCAGCCCUCAGCUGGUUUUAGAGCGGGCACUAUGACCCUAGGGAGGCCCUGCCGUCCACUGAGGAAACCAAAAGUCAAGCCUCCACCACCCAAGAGGACUUCCUCACUGAAGGAGUCCAGUAGUAGUGUCGAUGUUGGAACAGACACACAGGCAGAUCAUGACCAACCAAAGAUGGUUAGUGAACAAGAACUUUCUAUGUCUUCCACAGAUAUGAAGCUGGAGCUGGAGUUAGAACUUGAAGGUGGUCCAGAACAAUUACAGACAUCGUGUCUUGUGGCAGAGCCUUUGGGAACCUGGGGAAUGGGCCUGAGAGAAACAGUGGAUAUAGUAGAACCCAUGUCAUUCAGCUCUGCUGAUACACACUCAUUUAAAGAUGAAGGCGCUGUGCAAUCUGACUAUGCAGAUCUGUGGCUUCACAACAAUGAAAUGAAGUCCAACAAUGGUGAGUACACGUCCAUGUCCAACUCAAGCACAGCCACAGGCACUACUGUCAUGGAGUGCAUCAAGUCACCGGAGAGCUCUUCGUCCUCCACAGAGACCCAAACCCAGUCCCUUGGCCAGGCAUCAGAGAACAGGCCAGCAAGUCCCCCCCUCCCACCUGGGGACUUCAAACUUGGGUCACCUGAGAAGCUGGCUGGUCUGGCCUCACCAUCAAGUGGCUAUUCCAGUCAAUCAGAGACUCCAACAUCAACCUUGCCCUCAUCUUCGGCAGCGUUCUUCCCAGGACCUUUGUCUCCUUCAACUGGCAAGAGAAAGCCCAAAGUGCCAGAGAGGAAGUCCUCUCUCUCUUCCCUGCAGCACUUUCCCAGAGAUGGAGCCUCCAUUUCCUCUGGCUAUAAAAGAGAUCCAGACUUCCCACCUCCACCUUCUCAACUUGAUCUCAGUAUUUUACAUGGCGGGCAUGCCAGACACACAUUAUCCCACCGGACUCAUCACAUGCACACACUCCACUACAGCAAACACAGAGUUGCAAAUGUUUUAAACACUGGUUCAAAGUUACUGGCCCCUGAAGUUUCAAGUAUCAACCCUCCACCAAGUUCAGUCUCUGCUCCUUCCAUUCCCAGCUCCAAUCUGUUGGUAGCAACUCCCUCUACGAUACGUGCAGUGCAGCUUCAUUCCAUCAGUCAAUCUACAGAUAGCGCUACAGCCACGGAGCAGGAAACAGCAGUUAUAGCAGAGACUGCUACCAGACCCAAAUGUCCUCCAAGUGGUUCCACUCUUGCACCACCUCCUUUCAACACCAGGCCUCUCCCUCCUCGAAGACCACCACCCAGACCUCCUGCUCAGGAGCACACUUCCUCUCCUGAACACUCACAGCCACCUCCCCCUGGACGUCACCCUGAUGGGCCUCCAUCCUAUGAAAGCCUGUUACUAAGACAGGACCGCUAUGGACCUGGAACUUUCUGGGCUAUGACAGCCUUCAGAACCCGUAUGGAUCCAUCAUCUGAGGAGGACAGCUCCCCCUUGCAUCGGCCUGUGCCACGUGCACCCCACCCAUCACCUGUGGAUUUACACACACAUAUUCACUCUCACACAGAAUUCAGAGGGCUCACACAUUCAGGUCAUGCACACCCUGAGUUCAGGGUACUGGGGGAGCGUUCAUUCUCUCAGGAUGAUGAUGACGACGAAGAUGAUGAGGAAGAAGAAGAGGAGCAGGUGAAAGAGCCACCAGGUUUGCCUGUAAGGGCUGCAUGUUCCAGAGUAAGCAUGCGACCAGACCACCCUCCACCCCCAGCAUAUGAGUUUGCCGGGGGAUACCAUUCAGACUCAGGGCCCUGGGCUAGUCCAGUCAAAGUGCCUGGUACCAUAGUAGAGACAUCGCAACCUUACCUAAUCAGCGAUGCACGAAGAGGAAUACAAGAAGAGCAAGGUGAGGAGGAGGAAGUGACAUCAGGUGCUACCAGAAGUGCCCAUCAGCAGCAGUCCCAAGAAAGCAAAGAUGACUCAACCACUCCUGACACAGAGGAUUACUUCAGUAAAGGGAUGUUGUGUGCUGCAGAUUCCACGCCCAGUGACAAUUCACUCUCCCCUCUGACUGAUGACACCAAAGUGGAUGAUGACAUUAUUAUUACAUCACCCAACAAGACACGUACAACUGAGGAUCUGUUUGCCAUGAUACACAGAUCCAAGAGAAAGGUCUUGGGUCGAAAGGAUUCUGGAGACUUGAACGCGAAAUCUCGCCUUUGCCCUCCAGCACCAGUGACAACCGGCAGCGUCCCUGCCAUCGCUAUUCCUCCUGCCCCUCCUCUCAACAUCCCAGCCACCUUGGCCUCUGCUGCUGGGUCACAACGAGCCCCUGUGCCCAUCUACCGCAGUGCCAAGAAAUCCAACACAUCUAAUGAGGAAUUUAAACUCCUGUUGCUGAAGAAAGGCAGUAGGUCAGACUCCAGCUACCGCAUGUCAGCUACAGAGAUUCUAAAGAGCCCUAUCACCCCCAAGACUCCGGGGGAUUCCCUUCAUGAAGGACCCAUUAGACCAACUGAUGAAAUACCCUCUACCCUCCAGGAAUCUCCUCUUUCUGGCUUGGAACCAAUCCAGAUACCUGGUCUUUUUCCCAGGGCUAACUCUGAGAGUUUCACUCCCAAAACCCUGCCUAUGUCAGCUGCAUCCCGACAAGGCCGUUCUCGGAUCCCCCCUGUAGCCAACAGCAGCCGCUAUAGUACACGCAGCCGCCUCUAUACAGCCCCCAUGCAAGCCAUCUCCGAAGGGGAGACAGAGAACUCAGAUGGGAGUCCCCAUGAUGACAGAUCCUCCUAAUACCACCUGAUGAGAGAUGUCCUCUAUUCUUAGAUGUGCCCUACAUUUGAAAUGGCUACUUCUACUUUUAUAGUCUUGAACAGAUGUGUCACUGGGGCCAAUAUUAUAAACCUUGUGACACAAAAAUGUGACUGUUGCUAAAAUGCACCCACUGUUUGUAUUCUUUCUCUUAUUCUUAUUCUCUUAUUCUAUUUAAGGGUAUUAGAGUGUUGCAAGACACUGAAUCAUGAAAGGAUGAGUAUGAAAAUUUUGAGGAUGUAACAAAAUACUGCAUAAUCAAAAUAAUAGCUCCCUAUCAGUAAAAGAGAAAGACUUAUGACCUAUUUUGACUGAACUGUCUUUUUCAAAAAAAUUACAAAAAAAAGUCCCAAAUAUUUGGUAAAUUAUAAAAAGAAAAGAUUUUUUGUGGAGUAUGGACAUUGUGUAUGUGCAUGUAUGAGCACAUGCAACAUCCACAGAUAUUUUUACUUCUUGUGUUUUGAAUGGUGUGGGUGGGUGUGUCAGUGCGGAACUGAUUUCUUAUUAAAAAAUAAUAAAAAGUCCAAUGAAAUUUAAUACUCUUUCAACUUUUUGUGCCCAAAGCAGUGGCCAAAAUUCCCAUACUAAAUAUUCCUGCCAGUUAUUUUGUUGUUACUAACAACAUUAGCUCAAACAACGUAUCUACUGUAAUCCAUCUACAGACUUGGCAUAGAUAGUGUCACAGAGCCAAUCAUAUAUUUCUUCAUAGAGAUUAUAUUAAAAAAGAUAACAUGAUGCAUGUAUUUUUGUAAAACUGCGCCUCAGAACAUGAUGAAGUUUCACCAUGUUGCAUGACCCUAUAUAGAAACAUCCCCUGGAUCCUGGUUUCUGUCAACAUUUUUGUGGCUCCAUUGUUUUAUUAGAGUAUUUAAUCUUUCACUGUGAAAGGUUCUUAGUGACAUUUGUAUCACAUUGCCAGUGAUCUAAAUUGAUUUAUCAUGAAUUUGAGUGUCUCUCAAGAAGGAGCAAGGGCUUGUGCCUAGAUGGGGAUUGUUUGUCAAAGAUACAGGUGAAUUUUGGACAAUCGCACAAUGGCCUUUCUGUACUAGAGGUGGUUAUUAGCAGGGCAGUUUGAAGUCCCUGCACAUUGGCCUGGGCCACAUCCCACCAGAAUCACAUACUGAAACCCAACACCGAAUUCUAGUAUACUUAGCCUGAGCAAAGCUUUUCCAGCAGCUGGCCAGUUGCGUUGUGCUGACUUGAAAUGGAAAAGGUGCAUUUCAAAGAUACCAUUGAGCGCAGACGGUGACAAUGCUUUAGAAGGUCCUCAAUCGGUUUGACUAGAGGUUAAUUUGGACAGGUUUCCAAGAGCCAACCUCGCUUUUGCACUUCAUGAUUCUUCAAGAAUAUUCCUUGAAAAGAAAAUAUAUCUUAUAAUGAAAUUGCAUAAUGUAUAUUUGUACUGAAUAUAAAGUCAUAUCUAUAUAAAACAGCAAGCAGAAAUUUUAUAAGGAACGAAACUGAGUGUAGCAAAGAAGAACAGGUCUCACUGACAACAUUACACAUGAAUCUUAACAGUGUAAACUGUUCUCCUUUCCUUGUUGCCUCUCCAUUAUUUGCACUGACCCAGUAGCAUCAGGCAGGUGAAAGCUCAAUCCAGUGGCUAGUGUAAGUCUAUCUUACCUUCCAAACCUCAUAUCACAAAAUCUGCAAGAGAGGGUACAGGAUAUUACCAGUGUUUAAAUGUCAGCCGUGCAUCCAUUGCUGCAGCCUUUUCUAACCACAGGUUCAGCUGGUGGAGUAAAACCUCUCUGUUGUUACAGACAUAGAAUAUCUGGUGUGCUACUAUCAUCAGUGAUACGUUUGAACAUUCACCUGCCUAAUACAGCAAACACAACACAUAUACUUCUUACAUUCAGAGACCGUACUUCAAUAGAAACCAUUCACUGUAUUCUGUGAAUACCUCAGCAAGCAUAUUACUGUUUUAUUGUAAAUGCAUAGAUAGAUAGAUAGAUAGAUAGAUAGAUAGAUAGAUAGAUAGAUAGAUAGAUAGAUAGAUAGAUAGAUAGAUUACAAAACCACAACUGUUUAAUACUCAGCGAAUCUGAACUGCAGAACUGACACUGUGCAAGAUGGAGAGAGUAAAAAGCUGUGAACUGAUUAUUAGAAUUUUACAUUCAUCAUAUUGCUGAAGCGCACUUGUUCCUGUUCAUUGUUUGAUUUGUUGUGUUUUCAAAAGCAUGCAAUAAGUAAAGAAAAAAAAGAACAAGGACACCAUAUCAUUAUUUUUAUCUGAGGGAUGUCUCCAUACCACGAGAAAAGAUUUUGUAUUUUCCGUUUGUCAAGUUCAAUAGUGUGUUCUAUAGAUGUACAAACUGUCUGGCUAAUUCUGUUCUGUAUAGUCGUGAUCACCAACAGGGGUUUAUCUUGUACUGUAUAUCUACUCACUGGACAAUCAUAUGUUUAAGAGACUGUAAAGAAAAUGAUAUAGAAUCUUUCGGGAGGAAGAAUCUGAACACUUUUGGUGCUGGGUCCUAGUCUUGCUGGAGCUGUGAAAGUUGGAAACUACUGAUUCACUUAAAGUGCAUAUUUGGACAACCACUCUGGAUGAAAUUGGAAAAUAUCAAGUUGGGAACAAUAUCUGUUCACCGACCCCAAAAUCAUGUUUGAUCUGAUUAUAAAGUUGCUGUAUUUACUUUCCACAGACUUUUCUAAUUCCUGCAACACAUUAUCACCGAAAUGGAUUAAAUGAUUACAUGAAAAUGUAACAUAAUUCUGUGAAAUGUCAUUCUAAAAUAUUGACUACAAAAAACUGAAAGUAUUGACAAUUUGUUUAGUGUCAUUUUUCCGUACAGUAGCAAGUGCAGAUGCAGUGGGGGACUGUUUCCUUUUAUUUAAGGAGUAGACAGAUGAUUCAUUGACACAAAUUCAUUACAAAGAUCAACUGUGGAGUGGCCAUGCAGACUCUAGUGCUCAUUUAGCACUCUGAAACAGCAGUCCUCAAAAUUGGCCAUACAAAAAAUAAUAAAUUUGACAAAUUCUGGCCCCAAACUGUUUGAAAAUGUCUGCACACAAUUUUGUCAAAUGUGGAAAAGAUGACUUGUCUUUUUUCAAAGGUGCACGGUAUGGAAUAACACUAAACAGACUAUAAAACCUGGAAUGGAAAGGAGAAAAAUACAGAUGUUGAAAACGCAGUGUAACUGUCAAUUUAAAAUAAGCUCCAUGUUUAAAAAUAGCUAGGACUUAUCAGAUUUGAAUCACUUUUGUAUUUUUGUAUAAACUUGUAAAUAUGUUUUUAAAGAAAAAAAAUGUUGCAGAAGCUUUCUUUUGUAAAAUAAAUCAAUAAAUGACUAAAAACAAAACAGGUUUUUUUUUUUAUGUUUACAUGAUUAUUUUCAAAAUCUUUUUCUAUUUUGGAGCUGUGCAACACCUUCAGUCUUGUAUUUAUUUUUUGGGAGAGGGGAGGGAAGGUUACGACAUUGUGAAAACUCCAUUAUUCUAUACCUAAUUCAUUUUAACAGCUCAUCAGGCUGCUUAGUAACUGUGCAUAGAAAAAAGCCAAUAAAUGUGACUGCAUUAAAACGGAA